AUGCAGGACCCCAAUGCAGACACAGAAUGGAAUGACAUCUUAUGCAAAAAGGGCAUCCUGCCCCCGAAGGAAAGCCUGAAGGAAUUGGAAAAGGUGGAAGAGGAGAAGCAGGAGCAGAAGCUCCUCUGCCAGUCAGUAGUGAAAAGGUAUGAAGACAUGACACUGGAGGAGCUGGGGGAAAACGAGGACGAGUUCAGCGAGGAGGACGAGCGUGCCGUCGAGAUGUACCGGCAGCAGUGGCUGGCCGAGUGGAAAGCGGCCCAGCUGAAGAACAAGUUUGGAGAAGUUCUGGAGAUCUCAGGAAAGGAUUAUGUUCAAAAAGUUAUCAGAGCCGGCGAGGGCUUGUGGGUGGUCUUACACCUGUACAAACAAGGGAUUCCCCUCGGUUCCUUGAUAAACCAGCACUUGAGUGGACUGGCCAGGAAGUUCCCCGAUGUGAAAUUCAUCAAAGCCAUCUCAACGACCUGCAUCCCAAAUUACCCUGAUAGGAAUCUGCCCACAGUAUUUGUUUAUCUGGAGGGUGAUAUCAAGGUGCAGUUCAUCGGUCCUCUGGUUUUCGGUGGCAUGAACCUGACGAGAGAUGAGUUGGAGUGGAAACUGUCUGAGUCGGGAACAUUCAAGACCGACCUGGAGAAGAACCCCAAGAAGCUCAUUGAAGGCGUGCUGCUGUCUGCAGUGCGCGGCCCUGCCCCCAUGAGAAGGGACCGCAAUUCCGAGAGCGACUAAGACAGCAGCUGCUGAAACUUUUUGAACUUUCUUGACAUGACACAUCAUCUAGAUUUUUAGUAAGGAAAAAAGCAAAAGUGUAUCAUUUUGGUUUUUAACCUUUUUAUAAUUGCUUAAAUUUUAUACAUUUCAGAAAUAAUCAUUGCUGGAUUUUUGUUUUU